AUGGCUAUUUCAAAGGUGUCUCCCGCGAUGACGUCACUUCCGGCACCACCUGCGUGGUCCCCGGGAGCUGUAAACAAGGUGUGCAAGUGUCGGAAGAGCUGUCGGGAUGCAGCAGCCAAGAGGAGCAGCAGGAGGCCGUGGCUGCACUCUCUUCCCACUGCUGAGCAUUCUGUUUGUCCAAGGUGUGCAUACCGUCCUUUCUUUGGAGAUAAGUGCCGAUGCGCACGUCCGAGGAUAUGUUGGAGAAAGUAUCAAGUUGAAAUGCACCUUCAAGUCAUCUUCCGAUGUCACUGACAAACUGACCAUAGACUGGACAUACCGUCCCCCCAGCAGCGGUCGCACAGAAUCUGUAUUCCACUACCAGUCUUUCCAGUACCCAACUACAGCGGGCACAUUCCGAGACCGGAUUUCCUGGGUUGGAAAUGUGUACAAAGGGGACGCGUCCAUCAGCAUCAGCAAACCCACUCUAAAGGACAAUGGGACGUUCAGCUGUGCUGUGAAGAACCCUCCAGACGUGUACCACAAUAUCCCCCUGACAGAGCUCACGGUCACAGAAAGGGGUUUUGGCACCAUGCUCUCCUCUGUGGCCCUUCUCUCCAUCCUUGUCUUCAUCCCCUCGGCAGUGGUGGUCAUUCUGCUGCUGGUGAGGAUGGGGAGGAAGGCAGCGGGGGUGAAGAAGAGGAGCAGGUCUGGCUAUAAGAAGUCUUCCAUUGAAGUUUCCGAUGACACUGACCAGGAGGAGGACCACAGUGACUGCGUGACAAGGCUUUGUGUCCGCUGUGCGGAGUGUCUGGAUUCAGACUAUGAAGAGACAUACUGAUGAAGUGUGUGUGAUGGAAGAAGUGUUACCUAACCAUAGGAAAUACCCCAUUCCUCUGGCCAGGAGUUCCACUUGCGGGGAAGCAGUGACAGAAGAUUCUGAAGGUCAUCGGUGGAGACUUUAAGGACCAUUUAUUUAUUGAAGAAGUGUUGGCUUUGUAUUUAUAAACUGUUCAGAAACUUCCAGAAGGGAUUCAUGCCUUCCCUUCUUAACACACUCUGACUGAACAAAGAAGUUCUCAUCUUGAACAGAAACACACCCCUUGGUUUCCCUUCGCUCUUGAAUGUAGCUCGUGUUUUCUUCCAGUUGCCUGCAGGGGAACACUAAAUGCCUGUCACUCUGCUGAUGCCAAAAUUGUACUUUUUAAUGAUGUGGCGCAUGUAGCUUCCUGAUGAUGUGCCAAUGAACAACACACCUGUUUGGGAUGGGGUAACCUUUGCUUCUUCACGAAUGUUUUCUGUUGUGAGAACUCAGUAUGCCCUACGUGGUUUAAUGGUCGUCAGUUGUGUUUGGGUGACUUGGAGUAUUUGGCCCCAAUUUCUUUAGACUCAGUAGGCUUACAAGUUGUAGGCUUGCUUUGUCGGGGUCUUUUAAGUAUUAAAGUGUUGUGAAUUUACAGUUAAGGAAACAAGUUUUGAGGUAGAAGAGUCUUCCUCAUUUUUCUUGCUAGGUACUCUUUGGGCCAAAGGGUCUGCUCUUUUGCGUUCCUACAGCUGACUAAUGUGGUUUCCUCCUUAGUUUUUCAAGUCAGAGGCCAGAAAUGCCUCUUCAGAAGAAGGUUUCUAGGGGCGACUUCUGAAAUACGGUUUGUAGUCUCUUGCUGUAAGUCUUGUCACUUUCCUUGUGAUGUUGUUCAGAACCCUUUCUAGUUCUGAGCUGCACCAGUGAUGGGCAUGCAAUUCUAUCUGCAAGCUGCUUUUCUCAGCCCCAGAGAUGGGGAAGUGAGGUUGCGCAGGACAUCUCCUUUUUCUUGCAACCUACACCUCUGCUCUCCUGUAGCAACUUAUGUAAAAAUUUAAUGUAUAAUAGGUUUUCUAUAACCAUUAAGAUGUACCUAACAAAUCAGGAAGGACUGAGAGCGUGUGUGCAAACAGCUCUGUAGAGUGAGUGACAGGACUCACUUCGAUUGUGAGAGUCACAAAUGACCCCUCCCCCAGGCCUGGUUGUUUCAACAUGGUGGUCUUCUUCAUGGUUCUUCCUGAAGCGUCUUGGGAGGGCUCCAUAUUAGUGUUAUAUGUCAUGUAUCUUACAAAAGUCAUUCUAUUUACCACCAAGAUCUUAUUUUUGAAUCUGGGAUCAUUAACUCAACUUUGAAGAUUUGUUAAUCUAGCCUGCUGAUUCAUGAAUCUGAUGAGCUGAUAAACAUUGUGAUUUAUCUCUGGUCAUGGAAGCCCAUGGAAGAGGAAGAACUGGCCUUUUUACAUCUCUGGUGGCUAGACCCCAUGGUUCCUUGGGUACUUGUUAAAGAUGUAUCUGUCUGUGGCCACUCCAGUGAGACCCUUUCUAAAGCAUCCCAGUACCAGGCACAAAUAACUGAGCUCUUGCAGAUCUGAAGAGAGCGAUCCAUUUAUGAGGGGGCAUGCUGUGGGCCUCUGACAGAGGGGUUACAAGAACCCAUUUAAAUCGUUGCCCCUUGAAAACGAGGGACCAGUUUUGGUGUCUUAGGAUUUUCUUGCAAAUGUGUUGUGAGGCUUUGUCUAGCUCCUGACAUUGAUGAGUUAGGAGACUGAUGCCUGAUGAACACACACACACACACACACACACACACACACACACACACACUGUUGUGUACCCUGUUUUGAAAUAGUCCUUUCUCUUUUAAAGGACAGACCAUGGAAGCCCUUCAUUAUAAGGGAGUAAGGCAGUAAUUUUAUUUGCUCUGUGGGCUGGUGGUUGCAUCCCAGACUCAGGCUGCCUCAGUGUCCCUCUUCACCCUUUUGCCGAGGUUUGUGCUGUUAUAGCUUUUGGAUCCUAAGGAUGAUAAGGCAGUCUACAGAACCCUACCUUCCUUACUAAUGAAUGUAAGAUCAAGGCUUUGGUUUGUUUGACUUACUGUUUUAAUGUCAUCUAAGGUGCCAUUCUCAUACUCCCCUCCCCUUUUGCUGCUCUGUGGCUCAAACCAUGUGGCGUUAUAGCAUUGUCUGGAAAGAGAUUAAGUCUUUCAUUGUGGUUCUUUCACCUGAGUUUUAUGCAGUGGGCUCUUAAAACUGUUACAAAAUGUGAAUUUAUAAAGUGUUUCAUUUUCUCUCUGUGACCUGUCACUUCAGGCUACUUGGGGACAUCUUAACUGUCUGCAGCUCCUGAGUCAGGCAAUGGUGCUUGGGAAUGGAAAGUUGCACACCCCCCCACCCCCCACCCCCCACCCCCACCCCCGCGUAUGUAUGUGUGUGUGUGUGGAGAGGUUGGAUGUGGGUGGGUGUAGGUGAGUGUGAAACCUGGAGGCCAAAUCCUGAGCCAUAAUGUUCUGUUGUAUCACGGAGUUCCCAUUCUGAAGAGAGACUCUAAGAAGUUCCAUAGAGUGGACAAGUUUCUUAUUUAAUUGCACAAUUCAAGACUUUCCUGCCAGAAGAAUCCACUCUGGUGUUGAACUCUUCACUGCUGUAUCUCAUUGACUUUUUUUUCCCCAGAGCUGAGGACCGAACCCA